AUGUUAGCACUGCAUUCGUGUCAGCAGUACCCUCAUGUUGGCACUGUCCUUGUGUCAGCAGUGCCCUCGUGUCAGCAGUGCCCUCAUGUCAACAGUGCCCUUAUGUCAGCAGUGUCCUUGUGUCAGCAGUGCCCUCAUGUUAGCAGUGCCCUAGUGUCAGCAGUGCCCUUGUGCCAGCAGUGCCCUUGUGUCAACAGUGCCCUUAUGUCAGCAGUGUCCUUGGGUCAGCAGUGCCCUCAUGUUAGCAUUGCCCUUGUGUCAGCAGUGCCCUUAUGUCAGCAGUGCCCUUGUGUCAGCAGUGCCCUCAUGUUAGCAUUGUCCUUGUGUCAGCAGUGCCCUCAUGUUAGCAUUGUCCUUGUGUCAGCAGUGCCCUCAUGUUGGCUUUGUCCUUCUGUCAGAAGUGCCCUUGUAUCAGCAGUACUCUCUUGCCAGCAGUGCCCUCAUGUCAGCAGUACUCUCAUGUUAGCACAGCCCUUGUGUCAGCAGUGCCCUCUUGCCAGCAGUGCCCUCGUGUCAGCAGUGGCCUCGUGUCAGCAGUGCACCUUUGUAAGCAGUGCCCUCUUGUCAGCAGUGCUGUAUUGUGUCAGCAGUGCCCUCAUGUCAGCCAGCCCUUGUGUUAUCUUGGCCCAGUCUAAUGUUAAUAUAUACAUUUAUAUAGUAUUCUAA